AUGAUUAACCCAGAGUCUUUGAGUAAUGUCAAACUAAAGAAAGCAACAGGUGAGAAGGACAGGAGUGCCCCUAACUAUCAGCUAGCCCUACAAGGUGAAGUGACCCAGGAGAAAGAAGCAGAGAGGAGGGACUACCUUUUCAGUACAGGGCUGGACAGGUGGUACAGUUCCUUGAAAGACAAGACAUUCAAAACCGAAUUCCUUAGCAUUAGGCCAGAUGAAGCUCGCACCAUCAUACAGCACUGGGAGAGGUUUUUCAAGGAGAGAACCAGUAAUGAUCCUGAACCAACCCCAGAGACAGGCCUGAGCAUACCAAUUGAAUUGAGUGACAUGGCUCAACGAAUUGAGAGUGUCAUCAACAAACUGUCCCCCAAUGGUAAAGGUGUAUUCGUUAAGCUAUCAACAAGAUCACCCAAAGACUCCCACUUUGCAUUCAUGAAAGCUAAACGACAUUACACCUCCCAGCUAGCUACUAUUAGGGCUGAGGGCUCUAAAGGACCCAGUCUCAAUGAUAAACUGAUACUCCUCCAAGAGUCAGUUAUUAACAGUCUAAAUGUAAAGACUGGAGAGGAAGCAGUCCAAUUACUAGCCUCAAGCACACGAGUGGGUGAGGACUUACAAUAUGCACUGGACACGGGAGAAAGCAGUGGACCCAUUGAUCCUCUUCAACUAUCAGAGACAUGCUCACUCGUGCUACGUGAAUGGGUAGACAUACCACUCUGGGCAGAGUUCCGUGGCUUCGUUUGGGGAAGGGAACUGACGUCCAUUGGCCAGUACAACCACCCGGUUGUGUUUCCACAGCUACAGUCUCUUGUCCCUCUCAUUCAAUCUGACCUGGAGACAUUCUACGACUCAAUCAAAGCACAAAUCCCAAUUGAUAGGUACAUCAUCGACUUUGCAUGGACUCCGGAGCAAGUCUAUCUCGUGGAGAUCAAUCCUUUUGAUGGUGAGAUUGUCUUCCCUGCCUCUACUGGCCUCUGGGACUGGGAGAAGGACAAGGAGCAGAUGAUGAAGGGUCCUUUGGAGCUACGAAUAAGAACAAUAGAACAAGAUCCACUGCUACUCAGGAAUACCACUGACCCAAUGUGGAGAGCUGUACUAGAUCAAUAA